AUGUCACCAGUCAAAAUGGUGCCAGAAUGGGCGCACAUAAGCGUUUUUGUUGAGGAAUCCAAAAUCCUGACUAAAAUUGCAGAGUUUACAAAAAUCGUCAUGAAACUUUUGCGGAAUCCCGACGUGGUUGGUAUCGAUAAAAGUAAUUGA